AGUCGCCUCCAUUCAGUCUUGGCUGGAUUGUUGGAGUGAUCGGACGAAGUGAUCAGCAGAUCAUUGGGAUUUCUGUUUGGUGCAAAAAUAAUAAAAGAAAAAGUGAAGAAAAAUCAAGUGAGAGACUUAUUGUGAAUUUUGUCUUGAAGUUUUCAGUUGGAUCUCAAAGAGUUUUUAGCCCCAUUGACGGCAUUUUGGGAUCGUGUGUGAUCUUCUUUUUGGCACAAUGAAGACAACAACAGCCUGUAGAGGAACUUGCACAUAUAUCUUCAUUCUGUGUUCUCUUCUGUUAUUCUGCUCACCAUUAAAAGCCGAUGAUAUUUCAAAUGUGGAAAUCAAGGAAUCAAUCAAAACGCUCAUGUACUCAAUCCAGCAGAUUGACGUUAAGCUGGAGCGUCAUGAGCAGCGAGAAAGGAACAUCGGUGAGAUUCUGAAGAGGGCCAUGGUUCAGUUGCAGAAGGGUCAGCGUCUGUUUGAGCCGAUGAAGGGAACUUUCUCGAGGCUGGAUGAACGUGUUGGACAGAUUGAAUCAAUGCUGAUCAGCAGGGAAGCUGCAGUGACGGAUCAGCAGAAUAAAUUGGCAGAAGCUCUGGAUGCUGUCCUGAAAUGGAUGACAGACAAUGCUAACGGUCAUUCACGGUACAUCGUAGGCAAAGGGGAUGUUUCCGAAGAGGAUGAAGAUUUAGGGCACAAGAUUGAUGAUCUCUCGGACAAUAUUAAGGGUCUCCGAAGAGAAAUUGCUGAGCUAAAGAGUGAACGCCAGAAUGCCGAUGUGAACACAAAAGCUUUCCUUGAGCAGACUGAGAAGAUGCUGGCUUCUAAGCUCAGCCUUUCAGAUGAAGUUAUGGAAAAGUUGGAGGAGAAAUUGGUUAACUUCUACGUGACUUCUGCUUCAACGCAGAGUCCAUCACCUUCAGGCACCAAUCGUGCUGACUGGGAAGGUCUGGUGACUGAGGCCCUAGCGGACAUUCGCACGAGGGUGUAUGAUAUGAAUCCUGGUACUGGAACAGAGCCUCUGAAUCGCCAAUUUGUCCAGGAUCUCUCCAAGGAGACACUCGAGGCUAUUCAGGAUAUGAAAUUGGAAGUUCUCGAAGCUUCAGACAAGAGCUUCACAAAGACAGCUACUCGCAUCAAGGAGACUCACGAUGAGAUUCAAUCUUCUGUGGCGGAUGUCCUCAAGACUCUGUCGGAAGCAACAACUUCAGCUGAAUCCUUCUUUGAGGAAUUUGGAAAGCGCCAGGAAACUCUUCAGGCAGAUGUGGCAGCUUUUGCCAAGAUUGAGAAAAUGCUGUUGCAGACAGCUGACAGUGUGUUGGAUACGAAGAGGAAAGUGGAGCUGGGAGUUCAUCAGAUUGCUCAGCAAGUUGGUGAAAUUGUGGCGAAUUCCAAUGGAGAUCUCAAUGAUACCCUAAUAAAGAGAUUUGAUGCUCUGGAUGAGACAAUUCUGGACAAUCAUUUGGGAUCUUUGGCGAAUCUCAGCUCGAAAAUUGAGACAGAAAUUUCCCAGGUUUGGCGCCAAGUGGGAAUUAUGUAUCAGGAGAUAUCCUCUAGUAAGGCUGCUUUGGACCGUCUGCAGCAGCAAACGGAAGCUUAUGUGAACGGAACAGUGUCAACGAUGGAUAGCAUGGAGGGCAAAGUGACUCUAAUUACGAGUCGAAUGACUGAAGUGGAUUCGAAUCUCAAUUAUCUGCUCGGUAGAUUGUCUCUGGUCACGCAGGAAUUCAAUCAAAUCAAAUUGGGACUCGGAGAUGCCCUGGAUAAGAUCCGGAGCAGCUUUAUGACGGUUCAGGAUAAAAUUAAAGAUGUUGGGCCAGGACCUCAUCAAAUUCCAUCGGAGGAAUUGGAAGAGGGCCGACUGAAUUAUUUGUCCCAUUGAAGAAGGUCCAGGAGAAGGAUUGUCGGCGUCUGUGUGUUGCUUUUUGUGUUCUAUGUAAUCAACAUAUUGCUACAUUGUCAUUUUGUGUAUCCAAGUAUAGGUUCUUAUACCACUGAUUCAUUAAAUUUUCCAUCAUUCAAUGAA